AUGGCAUAUACUUCUUCAAUACCUGUGAGCUUUAUUUGUCCUAUAACACAAGAUAUUAUGCAAAAUCCUGUUCUAUUAGUUGAAGAUGGACAUUCCUACGAACAAUCUGCAUUGGAACGUUGGUUCAAAACACACAAUACAUCUCCAUUGACAAAUAAACAAUUAAAAAGUCAAACAUUUGUAAUUAAUUAUAAUCUUAAAUCGAUAAUUGAAGAUUUUUGUCGUCAACAGAGUGAAGUGAGAUCAAUAUUGGAUCUUCGUUAUUUUACUCUUCAUCGUGGUUGUUCACAGAAUGAUCAAUGGAAAAAUAAUCCGAAAUUAAAAAUAAUAAUAUCUCUUAUGGGUCCAUCAAAUGUUGGUAAAUCAUGUCUUGCCUCAAAUAUUGAGUAUGGUGAACCUCAAACAAAUUACAAACAUGAAACUACACUAAUAACAGAUACUUACUUUUUCUAUUUGGAUUUGUUAUUCGAAGAUAAAUAUGCUAUUAUAAUUCAACUCAACGAUUGUCCAGGUAGUGAUCGAUUCGAAGCUGUUUCUGAUCGACAUUUUCGACAAUGUCAUGGUGCCAUAUUUAUGGCUGAUACAACUGAUAUAAGUACAUUUGACCGACUUGAUAAUUAUUGGUAUAAAAAUCUUCGACAAAAAUCAUUAUUUGAUUACGUUGAAUGUGUACUUGCCUGUAAUAAAAUUGAUUUACUUGAAAAAGAUCAUGAUUUAUCCUAUCGUGAAAAAUUCUUUGAACGAGCUGAUACAUUUGCUAUAGAUAAACAAAUGUCAAUAUUUAAUGUAUCAGCUUGGCGUGGAGAUAAUAUAAAAACUAUGUUUCAACAUUUAAUUUUAUGCAUAUUACAAAAUCAAUCAUUACUUCAAAAUCUCAAAGAAAGUCAAAUAGACAGUAAAGAACUAGCAACUAGCCAAAAUUCAAAAAUUACAGCGGCUCCAUUUUUACAAUUGUCGACACAAAAUAAAAAUUCUUCAUGUUGUUGA